CGCCCGUCGCGUUGUUUGUUCCUUCUCGGGGUUCUUCUGCCGGCGACGUCGGCGGCCGAGGCUGCUCGGCCUCGCAUGGUUCAUGAUUUUUUCCCGUUCCUGGAUAAAGAUGGCAGCCAAUAAAGCAAUUCUGAAUAGACUGGAACAAAAGGGUGCGGAGGCUGAUCAAGUUAUUGAAUACCUUAAGCAGCAAGUUGCUCUGCUGAAGGAGAAAGCAAUUUUACAGGCGACUCUCAGAGAAGAGAAGAAACUUCGUGUUGAAAAUGCUAAACUGAAGAAGGAAAUUGAAGGACUUAAACAGGAGCUCAUCCAGGCAGAAAUUCGCAAUGGAGUGAAGCAAGUACCAAUACCAUCUGGUCCAUCAGUUCAAACUAAUUCUACAUCCAUACCUUCUGAAAAUUUAAUACAGUCAGUAUCUGCUCCAGUCUUGCCUUCUGGUACCAAAGGAGAAGAAGAAAAGAAAAAGAAAGAAAAUAUGGAAAAAGGAGAGAAGAAGGAAAAGAAGCAAAAGCAGCCAGCAGCUGUAGCCCCUGACUCCAAACCAAUAGAUGUCUCUCUCCUGGAUCUGCGCAUUGGUUGUAUCAUCACUGCCAAAAAGCAUCCUGAUGCAGAUUCUUUGUAUGUUGAAGAGGUGGAUGUUGGAGAAAAAGUACCAAGAACGGUUGUCAGUGGCUUGGUGAAAUAUGUCCCCCUUGACCAGAUGCAGAAUCGGAUGGUGAUUUUGCUUUGUAAUCUGAAACCUGCAAAGAUGAGGGGAGUGGUAUCUCAAGCAAUGGUGAUGUGUGCCAGUUCACCAGAGAAGGUGGAAAUCUUGGAUCCUCCCAGUGGAUCUGUUCCUGGAGACAGAAUUACUUUUGAGGGAUUCUCUGGAGAGCCUGAGAAGGAACUGAAUCCCAAGAAGAAGAUGUGGGAGCAGAUCCAGCCUGAUCUUGUCACUAACGACCAGUGUGUUGCAACAUAUAAAGGAGUCCCCUUUGAGGUGAAAGGGAAGGGGGUCUGUAGGGCUCAGACCAUGUCCAAUAGUGGAAUUAAAUGAAGUGAAAAAAAUCUUUGGCAGUUGAGAUACUUUAAAGAAAUUUUGAUGGAAAGUACUGUAAGCACAAUAAAAAUAUAUAUUUCUUCCAUAACCUU